AUGUCUGAAAUAAAACUUUCCAAUCCACCAUCGGAUUGCAUAUCAUCAUUGUGCUUCAGUCCUACUUCAUCCCAGUUCCUGCUUGUUUCCUCAUGGGACAACAAUGUUCGACUUUACGAUGUUAAUGAGAAUGUUUUGAGGACUCAAUAUUCUCACACACAUGCUGUUUUGGACUGUUGCUUUCAAGCUAAAUCUGUUAUUGGAACACACGCCGCUCCGAUAAAGUGUGUUGAAUUCUCUUCUGAACAUAAUGUUAUCAUCACAGGUAGUUGGGAUUCAAAUGUGAAACUUUGGGAUCCCAGAUCUCCUACUACUGUCACCUCAUUGCUUCAGUCAAACAAGGUUUAUACCAUGUCACUAUGUGGAGAUAAACUGAUUGUAGGAGCAGCAAAAAGAAAAGUGUUAAUCUGGGAUCUCAGAAAUACUGGCUACGUUGAGCAAAAAAGAGAAUCAAGUUUGAGGUAUCAAACGAGGUGCAUCAAAGCCUUCCCCAACAAACAGGGAUACGUUCUUAGUUGCAUUGAAGGAAGAGUGGCAGUUGAAUACAUUGAUCAUUCUCCUGAGAUUCAAAAGAAGAAAUAUGCCUUCAAAUGUCACAGAAUCAAAGAGGAUGUGGAAAAAAUUUAUCCUGUCAAUGCUCUGGCAUUUCAUAAUAUACAUAGUACAUUUGCAAGUGGAGGAUCUGAUGGCUUUGUCAACAUUUGGGAUGGAUUCAAUAAAAAAAGGCUUUGUCAAUUUCACAGAUAUCCAACUAGCAUAUCUGCCCUGUGUUUUGAUAACAGUGGAACAGUUCUUGCUAUUGCUUCCUCGUAUUUAUAUGAAGACGACCAAAUGAAACCACCGUAUCCAGAAGACAAUGUCUUUAUUAGGAGAGUUACGGAUCAUGAAACCAAGCCAAAAUAG